GCGCAUCACUUUUCAGAACUGGACCAUGAACAACUUCAUCCUCCUGGAAGAACAGCUGAUCAAAAAAUCCCAACAGAAGAGAAGGACUUCUCCCUCAAAUUUUAAAGUCCGUUUCUUUGUCUUAACGAAAGCCAGCCUGGCUUACUUCGAGGACCGCCAUGGGAAGAAGCGCACGUUGAAGGGCUCCAUCGAACUCUCCAGAAUCAAGUGUGUGGAGAUUGUCAAGAGUGACAUUAGCAUCCCGUGCCACUAUAAAUACCCUUUUCAGGUUGUGCAUGACAACUACCUCCUGUAUGUGUUUGCUCCAGACUUCGAGAGCCGGCAACGCUGGGUUCUGACCCUUAAAGAAGAAACGAGGAAUAACAACAGCCUGGUAUCCAAGUACCACCCUAAUUUCUGGAUGGACGGGCGGUGGAGGUGCUGUUCCCAGCUGGAGAAGCUUGCAGUAGGCUGUGCUCCCUACGACCCAACCAAGAAUGCUUCAAAGAAGCCUCUUCCUCCUACUCCUGAAGACAACAGGCGGUCACUUCAGGAACCUGAAGAAACCCUGGUCAUUGCCUUGUACGACUACCAAACCAACGACCCUCAGGAGCUCGCACUGCGGUGUGAUGAAGAAUACUACCUCCUGGACAGCUCCGAGAUCCACUGGUGGCGGGUUCAAGACAAGAAUGGGCAUGAAGGAUAUGCACCAAGCAGUUACCUGGUAGAAAAAUCUCCAAAUAACCUUGAAACCUAUGAGUGGUACAAUAAAAGCAUCAGCCGAGACAAAGCUGAAAAACUUCUUUUGGACACAGGUAAAGAAGGAGCAUUCAUGGUCCGAGAUUCCAGGACACCCGGGACAUACACAGUCUCUGUUUUCACCAAGGCCAUCAUAAGUGAGAACCCCUGUAUAAAACAUUAUCACAUCAAAGAAACCAAUGACAGCCCCAAGCGGUACUAUGUGGCUGAGAAGUAUGUGUUUGACUCCAUCCCUCUUCUCAUCCAGUAUCACCAGUACAAUGGAGGAGGUUUGGUCACUCGACUCCGGUAUCCAGUCUGUUCCUGGAGGCAGAAAGCCCCUGUCACAGCAGGGCUAAGAUAUGGGAAGUGGGUGAUCCAACCCUCAGAGCUAACGUUUGUGCAGGAGAUUGGCAGUGGGCAGUUUGGGCUGGUGCAUCUUGGCUACUGGCUCAACAAGGACAAGGUGGCCAUCAAGACCAUUCAGGAAGGGGCAAUGUCAGAAGAAGACUUUAUCGAGGAGGCAGAAGUCAUGAUGAAACUCUCUCACCCCAAACUGGUGCAGCUCUAUGGGGUGUGCCUGGAGCAAGCCCCCAUCUGCCUGGUGUUUGAGUUCAUGGAGCACGGCUGCCUGUCAGAUUACCUUAGAAGUCAGCGGGGUCUCUUUGCUGCAGAGACCCUGCUGGGCAUGUGCCUGGACGUGUGUGAGGGCAUGGCCUACCUGGAAAAGGCGUGUGUCAUCCACAGAGACCUGGCUGCCAGAAACUGUUUGGUGGGAGAAAACCAGGUCAUCAAGGUGUCUGACUUUGGGAUGACAAGGUUUGUCCUUGAUGAUCAAUACACCAGCUCCACGGGCACCAAAUUCCCAGUGAAGUGGGCAUCCCCGGAAGUAUUCUCCUUUAGUCGCUAUAGCAGCAAGUCAGAUGUGUGGUCGUUUGGUGUACUGAUGUGGGAAGUCUUCAGUGAAGGCAAAAUCCCAUAUGAAAACCGGAGCAAUUCAGAGGUCGUGGAAGACAUCAGCACUGGCUUUCGGUUAUACAAGCCCCGCCUGGCCUCCUCUCACGUCUACCAGAUCAUGAAUCAUUGCUGGAAAGAGAAACCAGAAGACCGGCCACCCUUCUCCCAGCUGUUGAAUCAGCUGGCAGAAAUCGCAGAAUCUGGACUUUAGCAGGGACUCACUGACCAGCCGCAGCCAUGAAUCCUGAGUGAAGGAACAAUGUCCUUUAUCCAGAGCAUUAAAAGCUACCACCAGCCCAGGACUCCCCCUCCCCGACAGAUGCCUGGACCAUGGUGCCAGCACCUAUGCAGCCACAACUGCAGCAUCCUAGAAGAGGCUGAGCCAACAGCUGGGCCACUACUGGAGCAGUGUCUCUGUGUCCACCCCAUCCCAGCCUCUUGUCACAUGCUUUACUCAAAGCUCCAUCGUCUGCUCUCGGGAGCAUCCCUUCCCCUUCUUAGCAAUCAGGAGAGGCAGACAUAGGCUACACUCUUCUUUUUAUUAUUAUUUUAAAAAAUAGUUCAAGUAACCUUUAAUUUGGCCCAACAAGACAAUAUGCCCAUUUUAUGGAUGGAAGAGUAAGAAAGCAUCAUUCUUUUUUCUAAGAAAUGCAAGAGGUGAUUAAACCAGGAUGUUCUACUUCGAGGCUGUCAGCCACAGCUUCCUGC